AUGAGGCAGUUUUCUGCGCAGUUGCGCAGGAGCAGCAGACCAUUUUCGUUUGAGCACGGACAUCGUCGAGCACGACGGUUUAACUAUGAUGAUGAUGAUGAUGAUGAUGAUGAUGAUGAUGAUGAUGAUGAUGAUGAUGAUGAUGAUGAUGAUGAUGAUGAUGAUGAUGAUGAUGAUGAUUCAAUCAUUGCCGUUUUUUCUGUACAUACUUGUAGGAAGGUUUGCAUUAUUCAUGCUCAACAGAAGGCCAUUAAGUAUGGGAUCCUUGCUUGCAAGUUGCAUAACACUUGUGAAAACGGACUUAAAUGAGCACCAACAUACACCUAUGCAGAUCUGAUAGGGAAUAUUCGAUCUACUACCCAUUUAUGACGACAAAGCUGGUGUUAGCACAGCGAAACCAAACUGUGUGUUAAAAUCCUCGAAAAGAAAUCUAGUUUAGAUACUGAGCGCACUUCUGUCUCAGUAGUCUGAUGGUGAAACUUGAUUGGGGUCCAACCCAGAAAGCCUAUUUAGUAGUGAGUUUCAAUAUCCAGACGUGAUUGUGCGGGCGGCACUGCGGGAAUCUGACUAGCAGUUACACGUAACGGAACGCAUUUGUGUGAACCUACGUCAUCGUUAGGUAUUUUGGCAAGCAACAACAAUCCGCAAUCCUCUUUGUUGCGUUUAUUGUGUGUCAGGUAGUCCAUUGUUAAGGAGGAAUCAGGACCAAGGCCACGGAUACUGGAAUGCCUAUUUCCACCUUUAUGUAGUCUCCGGCUAGUCACAUUAAGCAGCACCCUAACUGCACCGUUGAACUAAGUCAGCAGCUGUAUGAAACAGCUGCAUGCUUCCUAGACAUCCUGUGAUAUUUCUAGAACGCUUUUAUUUGGUCUUGUCCUCUCCAUGCCGGAAUUUAGCCCACUCAGGCAUCCGGAUUAACCCAGCGACUCGUCUGAACCAGAUGCCUCAAUAAGACAACAAACUUUCAAGUCACUUAUGCGUCACCAAAUUUACCAGUCAGUUAGAUCGUGAUUCAUAAAUACUUUUCAUUCAUUCGAAUGGCAAAGCAUUGAGUAGAGCAACGAUGGCUGGAAAUAUUUUUUGCUUUUUGGCCGCAUAAGAAACACUCCCUUGCCCCAAACUACGAUCGGAAACUUAUUAUACGAAUUAUCGUCAAUGAAUCUGAUAUCAGGUAGGGGAAAAUAUUCCUGUCAACAAACGUCUCGCGAGUGACCUUGUGGGAUUUGCAUACGCGCACAGCCGAACUGGGGUACUGGCACUUUUACUCAGGACAUAAAUGCCUACGAGAAGACUCAAUCAUUAACCUAGGUUAGGCCCUGCAUGCGAUGGGCAUUUGGACUGCACACUUUUGCGAAGAUCGAAAGACUCAUAAUUCUCUCCAGUUUGGCCAUGCUCGACUCAUUACUCGCAAGCUAUGAACGCGCUUCGUCGCUUCUUGCAUCGUCUACGCCGACCAUUUUACCGUAGACAUUUACGUAGACCUGUACGGCAUCGGACACUAGGUGAGUUCAACUUCAUUUGGACAUUAUUUUCUCGGUAACAAUCGGGAGAUGGCACCCAAAAAAUUCGCUACCUAGAAAUAAUACCUUUAACAUUGGACUCAAACGCCUUCCGGCUAUAUCAGCGGUUGUAGGCCUACUUUCCCGCACUACUUGGACUUUCCGCGACGGCCUAACACCGGCUGGCCGCACGAACAUCGCAUGAGGUUACACGAUCGAUGGUCGCUGUUACCCAACCUUCCCCAUCGUUACACACGUACACCUGAAUAUACCGCAUACAUUCGCUUUAUGGCAGUUUAUUACAAAACAAAAUCACUUUUAAAUAAGAUAAGUCUGCACAACAUGGGACAGGAACAGUUCCCAGGCAUCUGUAAAAGACCUGGCAAUGAGGCCAAACCAAAGACGAUACCGUACUUCGUCUAUGUGAGCCCACAGAGCUCGACCACAUACAGGGCCUCCCUUGUGGAGUUUCCUUUUCCGUCUACUUCAAUAUGCCUCAAUGACAUUGGUGUGCCGACUGGUGGUAGGGUCCUUGAAGUCCUUUGAGUGGUUAACAGAGAAAUGUAGAUAACCUUCUAAGGGAAGACGAUUAUACUCCUUCCACUCUUCUGUUACCACUACACUGCCUUUGGUGACCCAUUUUGCAAAAACGGAACGGAGAUCGGGCCAACUUCGAUCAUUCACCUGUUCAAAUAAGGCUUUCUGUCGGCUAGUAUCGUACACCUCGCCCAGCCGCCACCCAUAAAACCCCUAUUUCCACCUGUUCCGUAAGCCAGGAUGUUUUGGUUAGGCGGAUUUUUUUGAGUGCCAUCUCCCGAUUGUUACCAUUUUCUCAUUAUAAAAGGUAAUGAUCAAACAUUUCACAGGUUUAAUGAUAAUCUUACCGGGCCAGUCUAACGGUGUAUCAGCAACAUGCCGAAGAAGUUUGCAAGUGUUAGGAAGAGUUGUUGAGUCAAAAAAUUCCAGUGAAGUUGAAUAUGCAAUAUCUCAGGUAUGGAUAUGGGAGAUAUGGAUGAAGUAUAUUAAAGAGGAUAAGCCACUGGUGAGAGGUUGAGACAAGUCUAGGUUAUGGAUGGCCAAAUAGGUGUAAUGUGAACAGAUGUAUCCGCAUAGCAGGCGGUAAUGAGCAUGGCCGACUUCUCUUGUUACUGAAGGUCUGCAGACCGGACAGGUGGUUGCGUGGUGACUGGUUGUUUCGGGCUUAUACACCGUCAUCAGCGAGGAAUGGGAAUUUAGGCGUUACAGUCUUUAUAAACAAAGUCCUGCUGGUUCUAAUUGGAUCCAGUCAGGCAGGGCUUGAAUGUAUCCCCAGCAGGAUAUACUAUGAGAGGUAAUCUCAACAAAGCUAGGUGAUACGUAAUUAUAGAUAACAGACGUGCAUUUCAGAAAGUCAUUCCUGAUAAAUGGCAUUUUGUUAUCGACAGGAACUAGGCUAUCCAAUUUCGGCAAACGUUAGCCACUUCUUUAAGAGUAGGGAAGCUUCAUGCAGUCAAAACCCAAUGACCACGUCAAUAUUAGUAUCAUACUAACAGCCUACAAUGUUGCUGAUUAGGCCUCACCUUUGUUUUUAGCAUCCACGCUGGCUAGACCUUAAUAAAUGCAGGUUGUAAGGUCGAAUCAGACCCGUCCGUGGCACUCUUCUAAUGCCAAGUAUAAUCUGAAUGUGGGGUCAGAUCUCGUGGAAUGAGCCGUAUCUUGAUGGCUGGUAUCAUUUCUCUGCACCACUGUCACGUGCUCGGCCAUUUGCUCGCGUUUAGAACAGUCGUCCAGAUUUUCCGACGUAGAUUCUUUGCCCGCUAUUAGAGACAUUGUGCAGACUAAGUUGGCUGCCUCCUCGGAGAUGUAGAGAUGAUGCUCUAAGCAUUAUCGAUAAUCCUCCUUUAUUCAUUUCCCCUUUAUUCACUUCCUCUUUAUUCACUUCCUCUUUAUUCGCUUUCCCCUUUAUUCACUUCCCCUUUAUUCACUUUCUCUUUAUUCACUUCCUCUUUAUUCACUUUCCCCUUUAUUCACUUCCCCUUUAUUAACUUCCUCUUUAUUCACUUCCUCUAUAUUCACUUCCCCUUUAUUCACUUCGUAGCACAUUCCUAACACAUUCCUGACCCUAAUAUUAAUUCAUUUGACACGCUGGACUGAUUACCAGUAAAGUAUCAGUCAACAGUAUCCAUGAAUGUGUAAGUUCGCUUGAGGUCAAUAAAUCGCCGAACAGCGGUAGGAUACUAACGAAUCAGAUGUCGAUCUAGUUCCUUUCCCUUAUUGAUUCCCUUCACGCCUGUACCAUCUAGUAUUGUUCAUGGGAAGAAAAUGGCAGGGAGGAUCUGUGGAUGAUCACUUGUAUACCGUCUAGUAAAACAAGGCCGGAGGACCGGUGCCAAAUAAGCGGCCACAGGUCUUCCAUUACGGCUACCUUACGUACUAUUGUUUGUUCAGUAGGUGUGCUUGUGGUAUUUUUUUUUGCCGCGGCGGCAAAAAAAAAUACCACAACCACACCUACUGAACAAACAAUAGUACGUAAGGUAGCCGUAAUGGAAGACCUGUGGCCUCCAUGGCUAGAAGGAAACAUUCAAACACACCUAGCAACCCGCCUCCGUAGGGUUUACGUGGAGUUCCCAUUCCCUGUUGCCUAAAAUUUAUGUCCAACAUACAAUGCAACUUCUAUGCAUUUACGCACACAAACCUCUCUUACUCCAAACCACCUCUGGGCAGUUCCCCAUGCGUUGCGGUUGCGCUGUUAACUGCCCGUUUGACGGUUUCUCGGUUUACGUAGUGUUUCCCGUCAUCAUCUCUCGGUUUGCAAUCAUGGUCCACUUGCCUCUCCUCCUACGCAUUCCGGAGUCCACCUAACUGAGUUGCCAGCAUUCCUAUUUCGUCAUUAGGACUACCACUUACGCCAGCUGUCCACUAACGUUUCCAGUCCGCCUUCAACUUCCGGGCGUACACCUGACCCUGCAGGCCUUCUCUCCGCAUAUUCUGCAACACCCACCCCUCCCCCCGAAACUAAAAGGCUUACAGCCUACGCCGUCCAAACAUACGUCUGUCACUUUGGGGUAGCUGCUACCACAGGCAUUCGGCUCUUAGACCACUGCCGUAUUUACAUACACCUCUACCGCCUAGCCCACGCCUUUCCCCUUCCCCCCUUCCGAAGGCCUGUAAUCGACGCCGUGCCGAUAUCAUUUCCCGCAGUACCGCUCCCUUUAACGCAAACUUACCGCAAUCGACAAUUCCUUCAUCGGCUGUUUCCAUUUCCGCCUGCUUCAUAGUCUACUGUCCCUCCCAACCGGCUUUGUUAGUUGACCUGAUAUGCCCUUCCCUGCGGGUGGGUCAUGUCGCUCGUUACCAGCUACAGCUAUUCCUACUUAUCGUCUACCGUGGCCGGCAGCGGCUUCAGACAGUCUCUACGUAUCUCUCAGUUCCCGCCCUAAAGGCCUUCCGUAAUCACUUCCUUCCUGACCUACAAGGGUUUAUCGACGAGGCUUAG